AUGCAAACGCCUAGCGGUCAACGUGAGUACAAGGGACGUCCAUCGCGUCCAUCGGCGCUUGCGCCCGCACCCGUGCCCGCACCUGCACCCGCGCCCGCACCCGCACCCGCGCCCGCACCCGCGCCCGCACGGUCAAUUGGAACAACCACCAGAGUUGAACUCCUAGACUACAACACCCCUCAAAAUUCCAGGAACAAAAUCCCAGUGUCUCCAAUAGAGGAUGACAGAUCAGCUCCACUACUGCAGUACGCAGAGUGGUCGCCAGUGGGCGCCACGCUGGUGUUCGUCCACGAUAACGACAUCUACUACAAACCCAAGGUGUUCAAGACUCUAGUUUGCAGAAUUACUAAUAACGGAGUUCCUGGCGUGAUCUUCAACGGUGUGCCAGACUUCCUAUAUGAGACAGAAGUGCUGCGUCUGGACAAGGCGCUAUGGUUCAGUCCGGAUGGCCAGACUCUCAUGUAUAUUACGUACAAUGACACGCUGGUCCAGGCACAUAAGUAUCCCUGGUACGGUCUGGACCAGCAGGAACCGCCGGCGUAUCCUACUAUAAAGGCCUUGAGAUAUCCUAAGGUAGGUGAACACAAACAACCCGGUGGUGACAGUGAACGUGGUCAGCGUGAAGACACCCAAGUACCUAUUCUCACAUGCCAUACAGUUCACCUCGCAGGUUGGUACGUGAGAUGGACCGGCUGGACGUCAGAGAAGCAGCUAGCAGUGCUGCUGCUGAACAGACCGCAGAACGUCUCCCUCAUCAGCGUCUGCAGCGCCGUGCACUACAACUGCCAGGAUAUCUACCGCGACGAAUCGGACGGUUCCCGCUGGUCAGGUCUCGGCUCAGAGCCUGUAGAAGAUGACUGUGGCUGGUGCGGCAGUAUGGCCCUCGUGGGCUCAAAGUCCACCAUCUAUACCACGAUGCCAGUCGCGGACCUGCCGCCAGGGGGCGCGGGCGGCUGGUGGAGACAUGCUGUCAGGCUCACACAGGAUUCCAGAACAACACUGACUUUAGGAAGUUAUGAAAUCACACAGCUCAUGGGAUACGUGAUAGGCACAGCGCCAGAGAAGGCAGGUGAGCGUCACCUGUACAGAGUGAAGGUACCGACUGACCCAGCCAGCUGGCCUGACUCACCAGCAUGUCUCACAUGUCCUGGCACUGAUCUACUGCCUCCUGACGCAACUAUGGAACCUGUUAGUGAAGAUCCGGAAUUCGAGAACGCAACAUCAUCAUUACCCGCGUGGCCAACAUCCACAGUACUGCCUCAUAUCGCAGACGAGAAUGACACCCUGCCCACCGAGUGCCUCUACAACCGCAUACUGUUCAGCAAGAACUACUCUUAUUACGUGCAGGAGUGCCUAGGCCCGGGUCCCCCGGCGACGUUCGUAUGUUCCCACUGGGGCGCGCGGCGCGCCGUACUGUGGGACGGACGCCCGCUCUCUAACAAGUUCGCGGCGCUGGCACACCCGCAGGUCAAGGACUUCAGAGUUGAGGUGCAAGCCUACAGAGCAGCUCGUGUUCGCCUCCUCUUACCUCCAGGAUUCAGAGAAACUGAUGAUCUACCUCUUCCAUUAGUGUUGCACGUGUCCGCCCAACCUGGUGGUCAGUUGGUAACGGAGCGUUGGAAGCCAAGUUGGGGCUGGUACCUAGCAGCCGCGAGGAACUUCAUUGUCGCUGAGAUCGAUGCCAGGGGCUCCGGUGGACAGGGUGAGGAACUUCGAACAGAAAUCUAUCACAAACUGCUGUCAGUUGAUGUUGAAGAUCAAAUAGCUGUCCUCGCGUACCUCCGCGACAAUUUGAAGAUGGUGGACGGAGCCCGCGUGGGCGUGUGGGGCCGCGGGUACGGCGGCGGGGCGGCGGCCGCGCUCGCGGCUGACGACGCGCGCAACGUCACGCGCUGUCUUGCCGCCAUUGCACCGCUUACCGAUCUCAGACAUCAUAACUCGUACUGGACGGAGCGGUACAGCGGGCACGGGUCGACGUGGGCGGGCACGCUGGGCGUCAACGCGGUGUGGCGCAAGGCGGGCAACCUGCCGCCGCGCCGCCUGCUGCUGGCGCACGCCGCCGCCGACCUGCGCGCGCCGCCGCACCACGCGCUCGCACUGGCGCGGGCACUCAUACGGAACACCGCGCUCUACACGCACCAGACCCUGCGCGCGCCGCCGCACCACGCGCUCGCACUGGCGCGGGCACUCAUACGGAACACCGCGCUCUACACGCACCAGGUACAUAUGGCCUGUUUGAGACCCUGCGCGCGCCGCCGCACCACGCGCUCGCACUGGCGCGGGCACUCAUACGGAACACCGCGCUCUACACACGCACCAGGUACAUAUGGCCUGUUUGAGACCCUGCGCGCGCCGCCGCACCACGCGCUCGCACUGGCGCGGGCACUCAUACGGAACACCGCGCUCUACACGCACCAGACCCUGCGCGCGCCGCCGCACCACGCGCUCGCACUGGCGCGGGCACUCAUACGGAACACCGCGCUCUACACGCACCAGGUACAUAUGGCCUGUGAGACCCUGCGCGCGCCGCCGCACCACGCGCUCGCACUGGCGCGGGCACUCAUACGGAACACCGCGCUCUACACGCACCAGACCCUGCGCGCGCCGCCGCACCACGCGCUCGCACUGGCGCGGGCACUCAUACGGAACACCGCGCUCUACACGCACCAGGUACAUAUGGCCUGUUUGAGACCCUGCGCGCGCCGCCGCACCACGCGCUCGCACUGGCGCGGGCACUCAUACGGAACACCGCGCUCUACACGCACCAGGUACAUAUGGCUGUUUGAGACCCUGCGCGCGCCGCCGCACCACGCGCUCGCACUGGCGCGGGCACUCAUACGGAACACCGCGCUCUACACGCACCAGACCCUGCGCGCGCCGCCGCACCACGCGCUCGCACUGGCGCGGGCACUCAUACGGAACACCGCGCUCUACACGCACCAGGUACAUAUGGCCUGUUUGAGACCCUGCGCGCCGCCGCACCACGCGCUCGCACUGGCGCGGGCACUCAUACGGAACACCGCGCUCUACACGCACCAGGUACAUAUGGCCUACCCUGCGCGCGCCGCCGCACCACGCGCUCGCACUGGCGCGGGCACUCAUACGGAACACCGCGCUCUACACGCACCAGGUACAUAUGGCCUGUUUGAGACCCUGCGCGCGCCGCCGCACCACGCGCUCGCACUGGCGCGGGCACUCAUACGGAACACCGCGCUCUACACGCACCAGGUGUAUCCAGAUGAAGGUCAUAACUUCGAGCGCUCCUCAAUACAUCUCCACAAAACGAUGGAGCAGUUCUUUGACGAAUGUUUCGGCCCCGUCGAGGUGGCAGACUGGGACACAGGAGGUGUAGGCGGUCUGUUCCCGUUCAGGGACUAG